CCCAGUCUACUUAAAUCUUCCUUGUCUACCCAUCUUCUACAACUACACCAUCUACUGCCAAAAGCUCAGAGACUCCAGUUUGGACUACCACCAUUGAUAUUGGUAAGAGAGUUUGUUUUUCCCAACCUUGUCUCUUCCUAUUCUUUUGACUCUGACUAUAAGUAUGGCCGAUAGAUACAUCCAUCACUUGGGCCUGAUAAGGUAGCUGUGGUGAGGAAGCCUCACUGAAAAUAUCCACAUGACGGAUAUAUCUAUCAGCCACACUCCUAUUAUUCUGAUUAUAGUAGUGUUUCUACUACAUCUUUUACUCUUGGAAGGGAAAGAAUUUUCUAUCGAGGUUUACUCUCAGUUGCCUAUUGAGCCACAUUUUAUUUAGCUCCACCUCCAGUUCAAUUAAAUAGCACGUUACAUUGCAUUCAAGAUUUUUCACCUAACGUGAUUUAUACAGGUAAUUUUUGGUAAAAUGGAAUACUGACUGGAUGAACCCAGGAGCUAUGGUGGGCUUAGGAGCUACAGUGCACCUGGAUACCCCCAGGUACUGCCAAAUGUUUAUUUCAUGCUGCCGAGCUGCACACCUAGACCAGCCCCUAUAUGGUUACCAGUCCCACCCAAUUUUCCUCAUAUGCAUACUAUUGAGACUUCAGCAUCUUAUUAGCACAUGACAAACCGUAUUACCAAUGAUGCUUCCAGGGCUGUUGAGCCAACCGCAUCUACCAGAGAUCCUGAAUCGGUAUCCGUUAAUGAAUAGGUAUGGAAAUUUCGAAACUGGUGGUUAGGGAGUAAGGGUUUUGGCUCUCCAGGGAGUGAGGAGGGAUUGGAGCUAAGAACACAAACAUGUAGAUCUGAUUUUAUCAGAUUCAGUGAGACCUUACAUGUAGGCAAUGACGAAAAGUAGGACCCCUUCUUGACUCUACUUUAAAGUCAAUUACUAAGUAGUAUCAGGUUUCUGAAAAUUUGGUUUAAUGUAUUAACCUCCAUACUUAUUAUCCAACAUAUGCUAAGCCUGAUUCGUGAAAAGGUUAUCAGCACCGUCUUGGAAGAGUUCAAUCUAGCAAGAAGUAGCCUCCCCAUACCACUUUGUCAGAGAAUCACUAUAUACUUGCAAUGAAAAUUUCCACUCUUUUAAAUGUGGUUACAAAGGGUUCCAAAAAGCAUCCGAUACUAUGGUUCAGAGGAAAAAUGCAGCAGGGACUCUAGAGGUAAAGUACAUAUUGGAAGUUAGCCAUGCUAAGAUGUAGGACAAUCUGGUUCGGGAUGCCAGAAUGUGGUUGGAGGAAACAGAUACUGUGUCCACAGUGAUCUUAGUAAAAAUAAAUAAGGAUCCUGCUUACCAAAACCCCACCUUAUGACUUACCAAUAAGGAGUUUGACAACCUACUAGUAGAAUUUCCUCCAUCUGAAGAAGUUUCCCAAGAAUAUUUCUCUCUUGAUAAGGCCCAUGGACCUGCUCGUUAUAGAGGUCUAUGUUGGAUAGGCAAAAUAACCAUUUGAUUGAAAUCUGGAAACGUCAUCCUACCUCUCACUUGAUAAUUUCCAGGUUAGGCCCCCAUGUAAGUGACUGCUCAAGACUGGUAAAGAUGAUGUUUCUGAUAUACUAGUAGCUAACUUGCAUAGAACUACUUAAAUGGAGACAAUACAAUCUAUAUAUACUUUUUCCUCUGCGAUUUCUUGGACGGCUUCUUUGAAGAGGACCAUCAUGUUGGAUUUGACUGGGGUCUCUUACACAGCCAACUAGGAACUUAUAUCAGACAGUUGGCAGUAGAACAGUAUAGUAAGGUGCUCGAAGCUCAUGAAGGAAGAGCGAAUGUGCUGGACCCUGAUUUUCAAUCCUCCCUCACCACUAGCUCCACA